ACGAAUCAAUGAGUUUACUGAUGACAGAAAUAGCCGAGGGGCAUUAGGGAGGAUGGCACGGAGGCUUUAAACAUCCACAAAAUCUUAUCCAGGUUGUUCUUCUUCUUCUUAGGUUGAGAAGAUGUUGAACUCAGGCGCUCAGCGUCCCUCAGGAUUUGUUGUGAAAGACGCAAGAGUCCGCAGGAUUUUCGUUUACGACCACCGCUUCGGAGAUAAGAAGGAGAGAAAAUGCUUGGAAACAACAUAUCUGAAGUUCGGAGAGUUUCUUCGAGUUGUGAAACAGGAAUUUGCAGUCCUUUCACAUGAGACAUUUGUGUUGGCCACAGAGGACGGAACAGUCUUGGAUUUCUUCAAAUUUGAGGAGCUUCAGAAUGGCAGCAACCUGUACUUGUUGAAGCAUAAGGACCAAGCUCUCUCACUGACAACAGAGAGGUGCAUCAACUUCACACCUCACUAUGAUACUUUGAUCCGGAGUGGCAUGUAUGAGUACUAUGCUAGUGAGGGCCGGAACCCGUUGGCAAUUGCAAUUGCUGAGCUGGUCGACAACGCUCUUUCAGCAAUGGCAAAAAUCACAGGGAAGAGACAAAUAGAGAUACGGAUGCUAUUUGAUGCAACUGUUGGGAAACCUGCAGUGAUCAUUUUAGAUAAUGGGUGCGGCAUGACCUCUGAGCAGCUCAAAAACUGGGCAGUGUACAGGCUCUCUAAAUUUUCCAGAACGGAGGAGGAAUAUGUUCGGCCUGAUCAUGUCCCUUGCAGUCUCAACAGUGACAUAUCCUACUCUGGAGUUGGAGGAAAACAGGCUGUUUUCUUCAUUGGAGAUGCAGUUAGGAUGAUCAGUAAAUCAGCUGGCUCACCAAAGGUCCAUGAGCUGGUUCUGUCAAAAGAAGAAUUUGAGAACAAAGAGAGGAACAAUGAGGAUAUUUACAGUACAGUCAUCAAAAACAGGAAGCCCGGUGACUCUUCACAUGUGGAUACAAAUGAACACAGCCUCCAUGCGCUCAUUGCUGAGGAAACUCACAAGGCAAGCUUCACGGCUGUGGUCAUCACAGGAGUCCAGACGGAGCACAUCACCUUCCUGAUACAAAAGUUUGAAGUGUGGACCAGACAGCUAGCUCACAUAUAUCACUAUUACAUCCACGGAGUUCCUAGAACUGACAAGGAUAGCAGAUCUACAAACUCAGAUUGUCUCCCUAAAAUUGACAUUCAGAUCACUUUGCAAGAGAAGGCGGCCAAACGUCCUCGUAUGCUGAGUCUUAAGGAAAUUGAAGACAACAUACAGGCUCUGUACAUAAAAGCUGCCACAGACACGUUUGAGUUUAUGGCCUCUUCCACUGAACCUGAGGGUGGCAUAGUGGAGGGAAUCAUUCGGUAUCAUCCCUUCCUCUAUGACAAGGAGACUUACCCAGAAGACCCAAAUGCUGAGCAAGCCAGUGAUGUUGAUGAUGAUGAUGAUGAUGAUGAUGAGUCUGGAGUCCAGCAUCAGGCAAGUAAGAAAAGGCCCAUAUUUGAAUGUUUCUGGAAUGGACGGCUCAUACCUUACACCACAGUGUCAGAGUUUGACUGGUGUGCUUGGAGAAAAGAUUCAAAGGUGCCCGCAGAGUGUUACAACCGAGUUUCAGGGGUGCUGUUCACUAACGACAGGUUCAAGGUCAGCAUGAACAAGCUCACCUUCCUGGACCUGGAGCUGGCACUGAGGAAAAAUGACACUCUCUUCAGCAGAAUUGUUGAUGGACAGAAACGAAGAAACAUUCAAAAGGAGUUUGCACAGUGGCUAAACUCCUGUCACGAGAAGUGGGACAAGCAAAUAAAGUUCCUGGGCUACAAGGAAACCAUAACACGGACAGAUGUGCCUUCUAAAAAAAUGCAACAUCCCUGGGGGGUGUUCUCCUCCAUCAAAUGGGACAGAAAAAUGUACAAGAAAGGCGACCAUGUCAAGUCUCAAAAAACACAGCCCAUUUUGUAUGGUAAGGUGAUUCGGUUUUUGCUGUAUGGAAAUAACCAAGGAGAUGUCUUUGCCACAGGAGGAUCUGUUGAACUGACUCUGGAGCCCAAAGCACUUUAUGACAAGACCAGGAUCAUACCCAUUUACAAGAUUGACCAGACUGCCACUGAUGAAGCCAUCAAGGAACACAUUAACAAUGACCUUGCCAAACUUCCAGAGAAACUGAAAGUGGACUGGGUAGAGGCUGACCCCUUACCACAGAAUGCUGUUUGUCCAGCCGGGACUGCGUUAGGGCCAUUCAAUAUCCAAAUUCUAAACAAGAAGGAUGAGCCGUUAUCCAGGAUGCCCUCAGUUGGCCAGGGACCGGUGAAAAAGCUGGUUGUUGUCUUCACAGUCGUCCACCAUGGUCCUCAGGGAACUCAAGAGGUCUUCCCUCCUAUCAUUGCCCAACAUUCACUGAAGUGGGGAUUCGUGUUCAACAAAACUGUGAAACUGGAGAAGCUGGGGAAGUAUACUCUGUAUCUGAAGACCGCGAUAAAUGAAAGUAAUGUUACUGUGUUUGGAGGCAGAGAACUUCCGAGCUACAAACUCGAUUUCACCAUCGAGGCGGGGAAGGCUGAGAUUUUUGCUGCCUCUGCGGUGAGCUCCCCUCUUCGUGUAGGAGUGCCAUUCGACAUUCCUCUGUUGAUCAGAGAUGGCUAUGGCCACCCAGCGAUACCUCCUCCCAAUCUCAAACCUGUACUCCAAUGCAGCGGUCUGGACCUGAGUUAUGAGGAAGUGGACAGCAAGGGGGCCACAUUCACCAUCAGAAAUGUCAAAGCAAUAGGAAAAGUCUUGAAUCAACAGUCAUACAGCCUAAAAGUGACCCUGUCUGGCUUGACAAAAGACACACAGAAUAUCAGCAUUGUUCUUCUCCCUGGUAAACCGCAUUCCCUCCAUGUGAAGCCAGAGAGCAGCCCGAUCAGUGCAGAGAAUGGAAACCCCAUCAGCUUUCACGCUGAAAUUCACGAUAAGGCUGGAAACAUUGCCACUAACCCCAAACAGGUCAUUCGCUGCCAGGUUCAGGGGCUUCCACUAGUGGAAACUGACUGCAGUAGCACAGGAGCUGGACAGCUUGUGACAAAACCAAUCAACCUGAAAAUAAUCAACGGAGAACCACAAAAGCUCAAAGUUCAGUUUGAUAUGCCUAGUCACAGAAACGUUGCAUCAGUUGUGAGGGAGCUGUUGGUGUUGCCCAGCAGCAGAGUGUCCUCACUGGAGCUCUACAGUCAGAAUGAUAAAAAUCUGGUGCUUAGGAACAAGGAGAAGAUAGAAUGGCUGGCUGGGGGCUCGCUGGAGAACCUGUUCUAUAGGCUAUAUGAUGAGGCCGGCAAAGAGGUGCCUCUCACUGCUGGAAUAGCCUCCAAGAUCAAGGUUAACUGGACAGCAGAUGUAAACCUGGAAAAUCUGUUCCAGGGGAAGCUGCCUGAUAUACAGGUGCCCACGCAGGUGAAGGAUGAGCACUUCUACCAGGUGUCCUACCAAGACCAGAGUGUGUCUGUCUCCUUUGACAUAGUGCCUCUUCCAAAUGAACCAACACGGCUAAAAGCAACUCUUCUUCAGAACACAGUGAAGCUGGGUGAAACCCUUCCUGAAAUCAGCUUAGAGCUUGUGGACCAGUAUGACAAUGUGACCAAAGUGCUCACCUCCACCUGUGUGAACCACAUGAGUGUGGAAGCUGAAGGUGUGGACAAUUCAGCCGUCAGCUUUACGUGGCAGGAGAGCAGUAGGUCAGUUCUGGUGACGGGGAUUCGGUUCCGGUCUGGGACUCCUGGUUCCAGAGAAAUGUGCUUCACCUAUGGAAGUUAUGUGGAGCGAGUCCUAGUUAAAGUGACCGCUGGAGCCCCUGCACAGCUUAAAGUAGUCAGUAAACCAGAGGAGCCUUUGCAGGUGUUGAAUGGCCGUGGCAUCGCCACACCCUUUCUCAUCCAACUGUGUGACGAAUGGGGAAACCCCUCUCCAGAUCAGAGCGUUGUGGUAGAACUGAAGUCUUCACCCCCGACACUUAAGCUGAAGACCUCUGUUACUUCACAACCUGUGAAUGCAGACGGGACAGCCUCUUUCACUGUUAAUGGUGUGAGUGGACCAAAGGGGUACUACCAGCUGGUGUUUAAAGGGUCCUUCAACAACAGAUCCAUCCCUGGUCCAUCAGUGAACCUCACUGUCAUCCCUGAUCCCAACAAACCUGCCAGCCUGUUGGUGGAAUAUGACACUACAGCCAAGUGUCCUGCUGGAGGCAAAUUCCCAGUGUUCACAGUGACAGUGCUGUCCGAUGAAGGGAGCCCGAUAAGAAAUUUUGAUCCUGCGGCUGCAUCCAUGUUUCUGUGGCAGGGAGCACUGGCAGCGACGAUGCCUCCACCAACGGCCACUGAGCUGAAGUGUAGUAAACCCAUGGAGAAUGAAAGGCAUGACCGAUUGUACUUCAGAGACAAAGAGAUCCCAAAACAAGUUGGACAAUACAGUGUCCAGUUCUCUCUACGUGUUGAUAAAACAGAAGUCCUGUUCAGCAAUCAGAUUCCCAUAUACGUUUUGGCCAAUCAACCUGUCAAACUGGGUCCCGACUCUCUGCCAUGCACCCCAGUUGUGUCCUACACUAGGAACCUUACCGACCGAACCUUGGUGGAGAGUAUGACUCUGAGGAUAAGGGAUUCAUAUGGGAACCCAGCGGGGCAGGACCUGGAUGGGAAGGUGAAGGUUUAUAUAAAGAACUCGAGUGGAGACAACAAUGCAAACCUCCCUCUAUUUGAAGACAAAAUCAGCAGCUUUGAUUUUAUUUUGGUAGAAGGAAACACCCACAUCACCAGGCUGGCUAUCAUGGAGAACAGCCCCGGUGAGAAUGGCAGUUCAUACAUCCUCCUGUUCAAACCUGAAGUGCCGAUGGUUUCCACACCUCUCCUGCCUUUUGAGCUUCUCUUCCAUUUUUACAACGAUGUGGACAACCAGAGGAAAGUAUCGGAGUUAACCAAAAUAAAAGAUGAGCUCACUACCACUGUUGCUGCAUAUAAAAACACCUUUGCUGCAUAUUCUGCACUGCUUCAACUGCUGACUAGUCAACACCUGGAAGCAAGCAGAAAAGAGGCUGAAAAGAGAAGGACACUGAGCAUGAAGAACGUGGAAAUAGCAGAAUCUGUAUCUAUAGCAGAUGUUGACAGACUUCUUACAGAGAAGACCACAGAAGCCGACAGGAUCCUCAGCAUGUCCAGAAGAGUCUGCACCAUUCGUGAUCAAUUUAGGGGGCAGCCGGAUGUUUUGGGAACGGUUGGCCACCUGGCCUUUGUGGAGGAUGAUGCUGCUGCGUGGGUUAUCUCCUGGCACAUCAGUGGUGACAUGGAUUGUGUCGUCACCAAAACGACAGCUGCAGCACGGAGGAUCUAUGACGACACCCGGUGCAACCAGCAGGUCAUGGCCCUCGACAAUGUGUACGUGCACCCAAUGAACAGACCGCUGCCACACAUAAGAAAUGGUCAACCUCUCUUUGAUCCCCCUGGGAACCCGAUCUACGCCAGAGAGCUCCUGAUUUGCCCCCGAGACAAGAAGAGCUGUAAAACUGUGUUUAAAAAAGUUCUUGGCGAUACUAUCCUGAUUGAUGACCUGGACUCUGCAAACAGCUACAGAAAGGCGGUGGUGCAGAAUAAGAUACCGUGUCCCACCAUCCUGACCAGGCAGGGGGACAGGAUCAGUGCCAAAGGAGAGUUUGGCGCUCACAACAAAGCCCCACCAAUGAACAAACUGCAAGUGUUUGCAGCCCCCCGCCCACAAAGUUACUACACUCUUCAAGAACAAAUAGAUCUGCUCAAGUUGUACCGUUCAGUGCUGCAGAAGAGGGAUGCAGCAGCACAAGAACAUGAAGAUCACCUCCAAAAGAUGAACUCUCCUGAAACGCUGAAAAUGCAUCGAGAAAUGGAGGGGAAAGAGAAACAGUUGGAGGCGAUUGAAAGACAAGGUGUGUCUUCCUCAGUGAGACCAGUGAAACGGGGUCCUGAGGAUGCUGGCGAGCCUUCUGGCAUCUUUACAAAGAGAGCAAAGCAGUGAUCCACAUAAUAAACAGGGGUGGUCCAAACUGACAGAUUGAUCACAAAACCUCAUUAAUAAUUGAAUUCACUCAAGAGUUGGUUAAAUUGUUCUAUUUUAUUUUAAUUUGUGUGAUGUGUUUUCUUCUAUUUUAACACUAUGUAAUAAUCAAAAACACUUAUAAGUAUCAUGAUAUAUCUCAAAGAAUGUGCUGGGAAAUUAAUAAAAAUACACAUUUAGUAAGA